AUGGAAAGUGUUAGUGGUGGGACUGGUGUUACUGGUGUAUCUGGAACCCAACCUGAGUUGGAAGCACCUGCUGUAGAGACUGUUACUCCUCAGUCUCAGCAGCCUUUGCCUCCACCUGUUCCAAAGAAAAGGAAAGAGGUUGAAUCCAGGGCUCCAUGUUGGGAUCACUUUGAAAAGAUCAAAGACAGUGAGGGCAUUGUCAUCAAAGGAAAGUGUAUAUAUUGUGCAAAAGUGUAUUGCUGUGAGAGCAAGAAACAUGGGACUUCAUCUCUAAGACUUCAUGUGGUAAACUGCCUUAAAAAUCCUCACUCUAAGGAGACAAGGCAGUCCCUACUCACAUUCCAACCUGCACCUUCUUCUGCUGGAACUCAAAGUAGUGAAGGAACUGAAGGGGUGUUGGGUACUUGGGUGUUUGAUAAGGACUUGAUAAGGAGAGCCUUAGCUGAGAUGAUUAUUUUAGAUGAACUUCCUUUUAGAAUUGUUGAGGGACAGUGUUUUAGAAAGUUUGUUUUAGUUUGCUGUCCUAGGUUUAAAAUCCCUUCAAGAUGGACUAUCAUUAGGGACAUUUUCAAGAUAUUUUCUGAUGAGAGGGUCAACUUGAAGAAGUUUUUUAGGACUAGCAGUAAGAGGAAGCUGCAAAAGAAGAUUAUUUCAUUUGUUCCUAUAUAUUCCCACAAGGGGGAAAGUAUUGCAAAGGCUUUAGAGAGUUGCCUUUUGGACUGGGGUCUAAAAUCAGUGUUUAGUGUGACAGUUGAUAAUGCUUCCAGCAAUGAUACUGCCCUAGGUUUCUUGAAGAAGAAGUUGGGUUCUUGGGGUUGUACUUCUGUUAGGUGUAAGUAUUUGCACAUGAGGUGCAUUGCUCACAUUCUUAACUUGGUGGUACAGGAUGGGUUGAAAGAAUGUGACAGUUCAGUUAAGAAAGUCAGGGAUGCUGUUAGGUAUGUGAGGAGCUCACCUGCUAGGUUGCAGAAGUUUAAAUCACUAGCUGAUCUAAUUGGGGUGGAAGCAAAAAAUUCUCUGUGUCUAGAUGUCCCUACAAGGUGGAAUUCCACAUAUAUGAUGCUUAAUACUGCAUUACUGUUUCAGAAGGUAUUUGAAGCCUAUGAUGAUCAUGACAGUUCAUUUAAAUCUGAUUUGGGUGGAAGUGUACCUGAUUUCUUAGAUUGGGAAUCCAUUCAAUCUUUGGUUAUGAUUCUGAAAUCUUUUUAUGAAAUGACUGUUAGGAUUUCUGGAUCAUUGUAUGUGACUUCUAAUACCUUCUUCUCUGAGAUUUCUGAUUUGUCUUGCUUGUUGAAAAAUAUGGAGGAAGCUACAGAAGAUAGUGUUAAACUGAUGGGUAAAAAUAUGAGGGCAAAAUUUGAUAAGUAUUGGGGUGAGCCUGAAAAAAUGAAUUUUUUGAUAUUCUUUGCAAAUAUCUUAGACCCCAGGGACAAAAUUGAGUAUAUGCCCAUUCAGUUUAACUAG